AUGGCGACGGCGUGGCAGCUCCAGGAGCAGGAGGAGGCUCGCCGGCUGCGCGCGCUCCUGCAGCAGCAGCAACAGGAGGAGGAAGAAACUCGCAACCUGCGCGUGGGGCUGCGUCAACAUGGAGCUCCGCGCUGGGAGGCGGUGCGCACCGACGCCUGCUUCGUGGAGCGCAGUCGGCGGCGCAAACCUGGCGCCAUGAAGGCGCAGGAGCGCUAUCUGCGCCGCGACGUGCACUGCGGCGUGGCCUCCUGCGCUGCGUGUCGACUCGCGCGCGCGUUGCUGCCGGCGCAGGUGCUGCCCCGAGCCAGCGACGGGGAGUACGUGGUGCCCGACGCCUUCAGCUUGCUGCAGUGCAUGGAGCUGCUGGAGGAGGAGGCGCUGUUCUGUCGCGCGGCGCCGCGCCUGCUGGUGCUGGAGAGUGCGCUGCACGCUGCAUUGAGACUGGCGCCCAGUCGCGACGCGUCGAGACUCAGGAAGUUCUUCAGAGGAGAAGACCAGCGCGCUGAAGGGGGCGUCAGCGUCUACCUGUUCCCGGAUCAGCACCACGUGGAGACCUUCGUGGAGCCAACGGCGAUGGACGAACUGCAGACGGUGAGAGAUGAUCGAGCUGUGUUGAAGUCGGUGGAGUGGUAUGUGACCCAGGGACACUUUCCACCUGAAGCGAGGGUGGUGUUCAUGACGAGAGAUGUCGAUGCGGCCGUGAGUGUGCAACUCGCUGCAGUGGUGAAUGCACAGGCGGUCACGUGCGAGGCGUUUCUGGAGGAGAGGCUGCCGAAACACUCGGCGGAUACAGCGUUCUUGCUGGAGCUCGCUGCCAAUACGGCUGAAGCUGUGAGGUACGAGGAGGCUCAGCGGCUUCCUGACGAGAACGGCAAUGUACUGAGCUCUCAAUCCGAGUUUGCGCCGCACUUGAAGCCUGCACAGCUGGAGGAAGCAUUGGCGCAACCAGCGUCUCGAGUGCUAGCUGGAAAACUUGAGGUGAGCACCCACAACCCAAUGGAAGCGUAUGUGUUGGUGGAAGGCCCGCAUGCAGUCGAGAAAGUGUUCGUCUUUGGACGAGCUGCAAUGAACCGUGGAGUGCAUGGAGAUCGUGUAGCUGUGGAGAUACUGCCGAAGGCGCACUGGCGCACCCCGCAGAGUGACCGUCUGCUGGUGCACUACACUCAAGAUGAGGAUGAACACCAACAUGAAUCUGAGUCAGAUGCUGACGAGCAAGUGCCAGGAGCGAUUCCUACUGGACAAGUUGUCGGCAUUAUCAGUCGCUCGCCGCGGUACCACGUUGCUACAGUUAUCGCUUCCACUGUAAAUGGAGGAGACGACUACGCACUUGCUGUGCCGAUGGAUGUGCGACUACCCAAGGUCCGUCUGCGUUCACAGCGACUUGAUGCGCUUCUGGACAAACGCCUGAAGGUCGUCAUUGAUAGCUGGGCUGCGGACAGCUCGUAUCCAAACGGACACUAUGUCGGAAUCCUCGGAGCCCCCGGAAGUUUGCAGACAGAACUCAGCGCUUUACUCGUGGACAACGAAGUGGAAGAAGCCCCGUUCAGUGAGGCAGCUCUAGCUUGUCUUCCAUCGAGUGACGAAUGCCCGAUCGACAUUGAAGGCGGUUGUGUGGCCGAAUGUUCAACAGCUAAAAGACCAGCCCGAUGUGGGCUGCUAAACUGGAAAGUUCCAGACGAAGAAGUUCCGCAUCGUCGUGAUCUGCGCAAGACGCACCGCGUUUUCAGUGUGGAUCCUCACGGCUGUCAGGAUAUCGAUGAUGCCAUGUCGAUUCAACGCUUGCCCAAUGGCAAUGUGGAGCUUGGUGUGCACAUCGCCGACGUGUCGUACUUCGUCAAACACGGCUCGGCGUUAGACCUAGAGGGCAGGCGUCGUGGUACAACAGUGUAUCUCGUGGGUCAGCGUCUUGAUAUGUUGCCUUCAGUACUCAGUGCCGAUUUGUGUUCUCUACACGAGAACCGCGAUCGCUUCGCUGUGAGUGUCAUGUGUGAGCUGGACGGUGAAACGUACGCGAUCAUCGAGAACUCCACGUGGUUUGGGCGUACAAUCAUCCGCAACUGUUCAUCAAUGACGUAUGAGCAAGCGCAUCGCCUCCUGCAGGGUGUUAAUGCCGAUGCUGACGACUCACCGCGGCGAGGGUCAGCCAGGUCACAACCACCGCCAAGUGAACAUGUGGAGGGUGUAGCCGGAGGUCGGAUUCCGAUGAAGCUUCAGCAGCUUAUUCGCGAAGACCUUCGCAUACUGACUGAUGUCGGUCGUCGGCUCGGUCGGACUCGUGGUUCUCAAGGUGGUUUGGAUCUGUCCAAGCAAGAAGAGGUUCGCUUUUCCCUGAACGUCUCGGAGCUUGGUCAAGAAGACGUGGAGAUUACAGUCAAAGAAAGCUUGGAGAUCCACGGUACCAUUGCCGAGCUCAUGAUCUUUGCGAAUUCGACUGUAGCUCGCAAACUCGUGGAGCGGUUUCCCACCCACGCACUGUUGCGUCGACACCCGCCUCCGUCCGGAGACCGAUUCACGCAGCUUGUUCAGCUUGCUAAAGCGCGCGACGUGGUCAUUGACGCUACCAACAACUUCACAUUGCAGCAGUCGCUCGCUGCAGCGGAACGUUCGGGGCGCAUGGACAGCAAGACGAUGUCCUUAUUGAAGUCUCUAGCCGUGCGCGUGAUGACUGAGGCCGAGUAUGUGAGCUCGGGUGCUGUGGCGGCCGUAGAUGCGGCGUCCUCGAACGGUGAUGUCACGCGGUUUGCACACUACGGCUUGGGUCUGCAAUACUACACGCAUUUCACGUCCCCGAUCCGUCGGUAUGCCGACGUUAUCGUCCAUCGUCAACUUCUCGCGGCGAUUGCAUCCCCAACGCCUCGUAACACUUCGGCAUUGCAGCGAACAGCAGUCAAGCCCUCGGCGCCAUUGGUGCUCCCCAAGGACGAGGACUUCCUUGACGACCUCAUCUCGUCGGUGGAUAGCCAGCUUCAAGUAUCUACUACGUCCCCAGCCAAGGAAGAAGCGGCUCCGGUCCUUGCCGACGAAGCUAUCGCUGAUGGAGAUAACCUUUUCCCGCCAGAGGAAUUGGUACCGCUGUCUCGACACCUCAACAAGAAGAACCGACAAGCGAAGUUAGCGGCACAUGCCUGUGACGAGUUGUUCUUGGCUCUGUACUUCAGCAGCCACACGGUGAAGGUCCCGGCGAUCAUCACAGCCCUCAAGCAGAACGGCUUCAUCGUACACGGAUCCCGCAACGGGAGCAUUUGCUGGUGCCGAGUGCAUUCGCCGAAUCCCUCAGGCUCGACUUGUCUGGGGCGACGCCGAGCGCGAGACGCUUGAAGUUGUUGCUCCCGACGAUAAGCACACAGUGUUCCGGAUACUGGAUGAGGUGGAAGUCCAAGUCUCGUG